GUCCCGCCAGGCCUGCGGCUCCCAGGCUGCCUCGCGGCUGCCUCGGUUUGUGGCGGCCAUGGCGUUACUGACGGACCUCUACCAGCUCACCAUGGCCUACGGGUACUGGCGGGCCGGGCGCCACCGUGCCCCCGCCGCCGCCGAGCUCUUCUUCCGCCGCGAGCCCUUCCAUGGCGCCUUCGCCCUGGGCGCGGGCCUGGCCGAGGGGCUCCGCUUCCUCCGCGCCUUCCGCUUCUCCGCCGCCGACAUCGCCUACCUGCGCUCGGUCCUGCCCAGCACGACGGAGGACGCCUUCUUCGAUUACCUCUGCACCGUGGACGCCUCGGAGGUCACCGUCUCUUCCGUGCCAGAAGGCUCCGUCGUCUUCUCCAGGGUCCCGCUCCUGCAGGUGAAGGGGCCGCUGCUGGUGGUGCAGCUGCUGGAGACCACCCUGCUGUGCCUGGUCAACUACGCCAGCCUGGUGGCCACCAACGCCGCCCGCUUCCGCCUCCUCGCUGGCCCCGAGAUGAAGCUGAUGGAGAUCGGGCUGCGUCGUGCCCAGGGGCCGGACGGCGGCCUGUCUGCCUCCAAGUACUCCUACAUCGGGGGCUUCGACUACACCAGCAACGUCCUGGCGGGGAAGCUCUACGGCAUCCCGGUGCGCGGCACCAUCGCCCACUCCUUCAUCAUGUCCUUCACGUCGCUGGCGGAGGUGCAGCCCAGGGUCCUGCCACCGCAGGCGGGCGGGGAGCCGAUGGAUCUGGCAGCCCUGGCCGAGUCGUGGCUGCAGCGGGUGUGCGAGCUGCUGCAGAGCCCCCCCGAGAAGGCCAACCGGGGCGAGCUGGCCGCCUUCGUGUCCUACGCCAUCACCUUCCCGCACAACUUCCAGGGGCUGCUGGACACGUACUGCGUCAUGAGGAGCGGCCUGCCCAAUUUCUGUGCCGUGGCGCUGGCCCUGCACCAGCUGGGGUACCGCGCCAUCGGGGUGCGCCUGGACAGCGGGGACCUGGUCCAGCAAUCCAAGGAGAUCCGGCGGGUGCUCCGAGCCUGCGGCACCACCUUCCAGGUGCCCUGGUUUGGGAGCAUCCCCAUCGCCGUGAGCAACGACAUCAGCGAACAGAGCCUGGAGAGCUUCGUCCGGGAGGGGAGCGAGAUCGACGUGAUCGGUGUGGGGACGAACCUGGUGACAUGUCCCCUGCAGCCAUCGCUGGGCUGCGUCUACAAGCUCGUGGAGGUCAACGGCUCGCCUUGCCUGAAGCUCACGGAGGAGGAGGAGAAGAUGACGAUCCCCGGGAUUAAGGCCGUGUAUCGGCUCUACGACAACGCCGGUCACCCCUUCAUGGACCUCAUGGCCCUGGAGGACGAGCCCGCCCCCAGCGCAGGGCAGGAGCUGGGGGUCCACGUCCUGGGGAGGAGAGGAGAGGCCACCAAGGUCAGGCCCGCCGCCGCGGAGCCCCUGCAUCGCACGUACUUCAGAGACGGCCAGGUGUGCGAGGUCCUGCCCAGCCUGCCGGAGGUGCGGAGCCACGCGCAGGCGUCCCUCAGCCAGCUCAGCCCCGCUCAGCGCCGGCUCCGCGAGCCGCAGCCCUACCCGGUGGCCGUGACGGAGAAGCUGCACCUCCUCCUCGCAGAGCUGCGGCAGGCCAGGCAGUGAGGGGGUCCCCGCGCACCCCCCACGCUCUGCCAGCUCCCGCCUGGGGCCAGCGCUUCCGACGUCCUCUUUGGAAGGCCGGCUGAUUAAUUGGGAAUUAACGAGUCUAAUGAGGCUGCUGCUCUGAGGAUCUCCUCCCAUCCGAGGACCGUGCUGGGACUGAAAGCGCUCCCUGCGGGUCCAGGUGCCCACGGAUGGGG